CUCGGCCGUGAUGCAGACAGGGCCAAAGCUGCCUUGACAAGCACCACUGGAGAGAAGUCUGCCCUAGAGCGGGCCCGCUCUGGUCUACUGGAACAGUUGUCGCGGCUGCAAUCUGAUUUAGCACGAGCUGAGGCAGGCCAGGCUGAUUCUGAACGUCGGCGUGUUGAGCUGACGGACCAGCUAGCAGAGGCACGUCGUGAUUCUGAACGGGCCGCGCGUGAAGCUGAGCGGGCCGCCCGCUGUUCAGAGGCAGCGGAGGCACGAUUGGCAGGACUCCGAGAAGAGGCAAAUGGCUUGCGCGAGGCUGUGUCACGAAGUCGUUUAGAGUCAGAAGUGUCGGAAGCUGAGCGAGUGGAUCUGAAAGAAGCUUAUGCAAGAUCGGAGGCCAGCAGAGCAGAAGCCGAGGCGGAAUUAGCCAGACGGCGAGCGGAGGAAGCCAAGCUUCAAGAAGAGCUUGGUGGAUGGCAGGUGAGAUCAAGCAAGAUUUCUAAAAGGUUAGAGGAGGGUAGCGCAAAGGCUAUCAAAGAGAGGUUUUAUGCAAAGAUAUUUUAUUAA